UUCUCUGUUCUUUUAAUGGAGGAAUCGGCAGGGGGGGAGGGAGACACACUGAUAGGCGCCACUGCUCCUCCAUUUUCUCUUCUUUUCUUCUUCCUCCUCGCUCCCUUUUAACCUUUUCCGGGAGUUUUACCGCCCUUUCACCGCACCGUAUCUUCCCGCAGGGCUGCCGCAUUCGCUUUCCCUUUGCUUCUUUGGCCUCCGUCCGUGGGUCAGCCCACCUCACCUCGUCCUUUGGCUAAUCCUUGGCUGCUCCUCUCAUUGAGUCUUAAAUACCAUCUCCUGCAUGCAUAUGGCUCAUGAUUAUCUCCCUAUGCCUAUAUACAACUGCCAGCAUUAGUGCGUCCUCUGCUCAUCAUUUCUGUUGAGCUUAGCUCCAUUGGCUCUUGCUUGUCUCUACCACCGUUGUCCAGCAAAACUCUGCAUUUUUCCUUCCAAUUUUCCUUCCCUUCCCUUUGUCUUCUCUGUUUAGUGGAGCAGUAGCUGGAGCUGGGAGGGAGAUAGAGAAGGUUUCUCAUCAGUCAUUACCCGGACCAGGCUGAUCAAUAAUUGGCAGCUUGUAGUACACAGCAGUAACUCAUGAUGUACGAGCUUGGUUCUUGGUGACUCAAGCACGGGCUAAGCAGAAGCAGCAGCCAAGGAGAAGGAGAACUCAGCAUUAGCCAUGGAGACACCAAAGGUUGGCCACUCGUCUUCUCGCCUGCAACACCGCCACACCCGAAGUGUUGCAAGCACACAUGGAAAUCUAUCGGACAUAACACCGCGAUUCUCGUAUAACAAACCUACAACCAAUCAGGAUAAUAUUCCCCAUAGGAGAUACUCACUUAACCUAGCAGAGCAGUUUCAAGACCACCCCAUGAUUACUACAGCAGAACCAAAUGAAAAGGCUAUGUCGAAGCCCGUUGCAGAAUUGGUUUGGGAGAUAGCAGCCCUUGAGGAGGAAGUCGUACGGAGGGAACUGCAUUUGCUUUCGCUCUACAGGGCGACAUUUGAUCAAUACCUGGGCAUCUCCCCUCGUGUUUCUGGUCAGAUGGGUCAAGAAACGCACCGUCAAGGCAGCAGAAAGAAAGUUGAUGAAGGUGCUCUCCGGUUGAGAGAUAUCAAGGAGUCAGCAUCCUACAACUUGCCAACAGUUUCAGAUCGUAGACAUUAUUCACAGGGACUGCCAAGAUCAACUUCAGGGCAUUCUUGUCUUGCAAAUUUCUUGAGUGCUUCUAUUGCUGAAUAUGUGCCCAGGAUUGCAUGCAAGCUUUCGGAGGACAUUCUAAGAUGCAUUUCCGCGGUGUACUGCAAACUCGCGAGCAGCCCAUCACAGGAUGUUGAUUCCGAGACUUUGUCAACUCCUUCCUUCUCUUCUGCAUCGAGUACCUUUUCUCUAAAGCACCGUGUCGAUAGUUGGAGCCCCCGACUCAGCUGCAAUGUUGACGCAAGCUCUGAAAAAUAUGGUACAUUGAAUGAGAAUAAUGACCAGUACAGUGGCAUGAUAAUUUUUCCAAGGAUAAAUAUUGAUGCAGACAAGUUCGAUUAUGCCUCUAAAAUGCUUGAAACAAUCAGAGCAUUGAUAAAGCGGCUUGAGAAAAUCGACCCUACAAAGAUGGCACAUGAGGAGCAGCUCUGUUUUUGGAUCAACAUCCACAACGCUUUAGUGAUGCAUGCUUUUAUGGCUUAUGGACUUCAGGACAAACGCAUGAAAAGCUCAGACAUGAUUCUGAAGGCUGCAUAUGACGUGGGCGGGCAUUCAGUAAACUCCCAAAUUAUUCAGAACUCAAUUCUUGGAUGUCAAUCCCAUCGUCCUUCCCUGUGGGUUCGCACGCUAUUUACUCCCACGAAGAAAUCAGCAUCAGGAAGCUCCACUCAUCCAUAUGCUCUUCGUCAGCCAGAGCCGCUUGCUCACUUUAGUCUUUCCACUGGAGCAUUUUCAGAUCCACCUGUAAGGUUGUACACAGCCAAGAAACUGGAUCAUCAACUGGAUCAAGCCAAGACUGAGUUUAUUAGAGCUAAUGUCAUGGUCAGGAAGCAGAUCAUUUUUCUUCCCAAAAUUCUCCACUACUAUGCAAAGGAUGCUACACUGGAGUUGCCUGGUCUGAUUGAGAUGGUAUGCAAGAGUAUGCCUGAAGCCCAGCAAAAAGAAAUAAAUAAAUGUCUUAGGAGGAGGAUAGAUAAGUGUGUUGAAUGGUUGCCCUAUAAGUCUUCUUUCAGAUACACUGUACACAGGAAUUUGGCUGAGUAGGCACUGUAUUUUGCUUUCCCAAAUUGUGCUUGUAAGUAAUGAACUGGAAAUCAUUAACUUGUGUGUGUGUGUGUGUGUGACUGUGUAAUUAGGUUACUAUGAUAGCAUUUUAGGGGAGUAAAGUUAUGCAUUUGAAAUGAAUAGAACAUGACAGAUGGAAAAUUCA